ACCCACCACCCUCUCCUCUCUUUCUUUCUCUCUUCUCCCCCCUCCCCCCCGAAAGACAUCGCAUUGCUCCCAUCGCCGCCGUUGAAGCCGACGCAGAGAGUCCGUCCGUCCGUCCGGCCGGCCACCAUGAAAGGCGAGUACCUUGAAUCCCCGACCACCGACCGCCCCGAAGCAGCCACCCCGCCACCGACCCUCUUCGCCAAGCUCCACCACCCCUUCUCCCUCCACCACUUCCGCCCCUCCCCUUCGUCCCCCGACGAGCCCAGCCCCGGUCCCAAGGCGAAACCCCCCGCCGAUCCCCCCUCCGGCGACGGCUCCUCCAUCGAGGUCGUCCGCCGCCCCCGCGGCCGCCCCCUCGGGUCCAAGAACAAGCCCAAGCCCCCCGUCAUCAUCACCCGCGACCCCGAGCCGUCCCUCAGCCCCUACAUCCUCGAGGUCCCCUGCGGGUCCGACGUCGUCGCGUGCCUCCACGGCUUCUGCCGCCGCCGGUCCCUCUCCCUCUCCGUCCUCUCCGCCUCCGGCUCCGUCUCCAACUUCACCCUCCGCCAGCCCCCCUCCUCCCUGGCCUCCGGCGCCACCCUCACCUUCCGCGGCCGCUUCGACAUCCUCUCCAUCUCGGCCACCCUCUUCUCCCACUGCCCGCCCGCUUCGUCCCGUGCCGCCGCUGCCCCCAACGUCUUCUCCAUCUCCCUCGCCGGCCCCCAGGGCCAGAUCGUCGGUGGGUCCGUCGCGGGCCCGCUCGUCGCGGCCGGGCCGGUCUUCGUCGUCGCGGCGUCGUUCAACAGCCCGACGUUCCACAGGCUGACGGACGGCGAGGAGGAGGCCGAGAACGCGCGGAGGGCGGCGUCGGAAGGGGGGAGCGGCGGCGGGGAGGGGCAGUCUCCUCAGAUGUCGAGCGGCGGAGAUAGCGGACCGGGGCAUCAGCCGCAGGCGGAGCCGGUGUAUAGUUGCCAUUUGCCAUCGGAUGUGAUAUGGGCUCCUGCUCCGAGGCAACCGCCACCGCCACCUUAUAAUUGAGUUUAUUUUCUUUAAUUUUUUUGUCUUUUUUAUGAAGUAUCUAAGGUCGUGAUCUCUUGUUGCUCAACAUGCUCCACUAAGAGGGAAUUCUUUUUCUUCCUUGUUUCAAACUGGGUUGGUUUAGUUCUCGCUGUUCCUUGUAAGAGAUUAGGCAAACAGUUAGUGCAGUGUACUGUUCUGGCAUCCAUUUUAGGUAGAAUAGGACAUUUAAAGUUUUGCUUUUCUUUCUUGUUCCUGCUAAGCAAAGUCUUCCAACGUUUUGGUUGGGGAAGAAGAAUCAUAAGUGAUCUCGAAGUCUCACAAUUCGGUGACUUUCCUGUUAAGGGGGUUGAAGAAGCAAAGCCAGCCGACCUCACUCGGUGGGGGGUGGGUCAUGUCCUGUUGAGGGGGACACGGUAACUCUGGUUCCCUCCGGAUCCGAUGGAUUCGUUUUGCUUUUCUCGUCUCUGGGCGUGAUGGUGAUGGAGGGAUGGGGCUGGAAAGUGCGUGUAGCAGAAGAGAACGUGGCUAGGGUUUCAUCUCAUCUUGGUUGGCCCCCCCGCUGUUGCUUGCUUUUCUCAGUUGCAGUUGCAGGAGAGAGAGAGAGAGAGAGAGAGAGUCUUGAAAGACUCGAAGUGGUGGGGGGUUCUUCGAUUUUAAUGGGGUUCGGCUUUACUUUUUUGUGAGUGUCUGAUCAAAUCUGUACUUCGGGGUUGUCUCUUUCUCUCUUCCCCUGAACCGCCUCUGAGAGAUAUUGGCGAAGCUGUGAUAUGAUAAUUCAUUGAAAGCAAAAACCCUGACUUCUCUUUCUA